AUGAUAAAUUACUCUCCGUUGAUAGUCUGUUAUGUGUGCCAUGUGUAUACAAAGGCCCUUCAGAAGGUGUUUUUGUCAGAGAAGCUUCAAUUGCCCGAGAAGCCGUUAGACGAAAGCAGUCCUCAUUGUGUGAUUGCCUUAAACAUAUCCAUGGAAAAAUACAAUACUUUCGUUGAAAGCAAAGAAAGCGGAUCAAGCUUGACUAUAAAAAGGGUAUAUAUAGUUGAAAUGUGUUUGACUGAAUAUGGAGUAGUUGUUGAUAUUAUUGGAAAAUACUUCAACGCCCUUUUUCCUGACAUGUUUAGUAGUACUCCAAUUCAAAUUCUUGGGCGGCCACGGAAACCUUAUGCAAGAGUAAUCCUUGAAGUGGCUAUGUCCCAAAAUUUCUCCGACUUGAGGACAAUUGUAGGCUUUGGAAGCAACAGUUGUAUGUACGAUCUGUACUAG